UCCCACUUCAACUUCAUAACUGCAGAUCAUUCGCAAUCCAAAAAAUCUAAAACGAAUCUCGUUCUUGUUGUUUUAGCAGUGGUUUGCGAAACUUGCCCUUGUGUUUUUUUUUUUUGUUGGUCGCCCGGCCAGACCGCCCUUCUCUCUGUGACAACUCACCAUGGUGCACACUACGACUCGAUGCCGCGGCCUGCGACUGCUGCCCGGCGCGGCGCUGCUGCUGCUGGUCAGCCUUCUCGCUGAGGUAGUGCUCGCUCCGCCGCCGCCAUCCGCACCAGGCACAGCGAGCCCGCCAGCGAGCCCCCCGCCAAGCGCUUCACCACCAAACCCUCCGGCGAGCAACCUGCCAAGCAGCGAGCCAAGCUCAUUCGCGGAACCGGGCGGUGGCUCGCCAACGGGUCCUGCCCAAAGCGGGUCGCUGGCAGCCUCGCCUCCCCAUUCCGGCAUUCCUUCCAGUCCGCUUCCUCCUCCGCUUGAUGCUGCCUCUUCUUCCAUGGCAGGUCCGCAGCCAACUGCGAGUGCCAGCCGCGCGGCGCCAACAACCGGGGCGACGGGGCAGCAGCCGACAGCAUCGCCUGGGAGUGGCGACGGCGGUUCAUCCGGAUCUCCUGUCAAACUGACCAUUGCGGUGGUCAUCGAGGCCUCAGGCGUCGCUGGACGACGUCAAGCCUCGAUUGCUCAUGCAGUCAACCUUGCCAUCACACAUGCCAUGCUCGGGUGGCCAGACGGGCUCGUCAAUGCGACCGUGUUUGAUUUCGCCAACAAGACCGAUGCGCAGUACGAAGACGCCGUGUUCGACCUGCUCCAGCAAGGAUUUCUGUUUAUUGUUGGUGGAGGAUCGACCCCAGGCCAACGCAGCGCAACAGACCAAGCUCUCUACCGCUUUAGCCAGCUUGUAUCUGGCACAAAUACAUCCGGGUCUGGGUCUGGCUCGGCCGCACCUCCUCCUUCGAGCUCGAGCGUGGGUGGGAUGGCCAGUUCGCCUGCACCUUCAUCACCACCCAGCGGCUCUCCCGCGCCGCCUCCGCCAUCAAGCAGCCCACCUGCGGCUCCAGGACGACGACGACAACAACGACAACAACCACGACGACGUGAAGCGGGCGAAGCUGGCCCCGUGCUAGGUGUGUACACGCCGUUUGACAUUCGAAACUCGAGAUUUCCCGCGCUUGUCGUCAACCCGUUCUUGCAAGAAGGCGGGGCCUGCAAGCUGGCAACGCUUCAGUUUGGCUCGCUUCCAAAUCAACUGCUGGAGCCCCUGGUUCAGUGGCUUGGGUACAAUGCCGACAUUCUGCGUGGCACCGAUUCGGACGACGCCUCCACCGCAUUCUACCUCGGGCAGGCCGACAGCUUUGCCUUUGCUGGCUCGACCGGCGACGCCUUCACCAGUGCUGUUGGUGCUGCGAUCGCUGACGUCUUUGCGGCAAAAGGCGCCAAGCUCGUCGCGGAAGAACUGUGCGCUGAUGACCAGUGCAGCAACGCGAACGAGAUGCUUGUUGGCAUUACGUCUGCAUACGGCGCCGAUCAGGACGACAUUAUCAUCGUUUCCACCAUUGACAGCUCCCGCUCGUUGGAGGCUACCCGCGCGUUUUACACGGCCGUCCAGGCGCUCAACACGGCCGCCGGCCCGUCAGGCCGCCAGAUUAUUGUCGUUUCGUUGACGCUUUCAGAGGCAGACAUUAAUGCGCUGCCCAUCGCCCUGACCAAAGGCCACGCAAUUGUCGCCGGGUAUCUUGCCCCCACCGUGUCCGACGCCAUUGCUCAUCUCCAGCAGCGGUCUGCGGACGUGACAUCCGGCACCUCGGCCUCCCUGUCGCAAUCGACCGCCAAUCCGUCUGAUCUGAUCACGGAUGAGAGCGCCAUUUUCGUCAAGGCCUUGCACGACAUGUACGGCUCACAAAUGCCCGUCAUCACGGAUGUGAUGGAAGCGGCGUACACGGGCACGUUUGCAGUCCUGCGUGAGAUUCGAGGCCAACUGACAAAAGGCGACGUAUCUCCCGAGACCGCCAUCGUUCAGGUACUGGGUGCGACCAUUUACAGCCCAGCUGGAACACGCGCCUUGGGAGCGACUCUUUUCGCCAGUCGGCAGGUCUAUAUUGCCCGCACUCAAAGUCAAUCGCCAGAUGCACUGGGUCGCACCUGGAAGCUCGAGUUUAUGGACGUGCUCAAGUACGCGUUUGUGGGCGAGCCUCGCAACCUCAUGCUUCUCCGGGCAAAUCAACAGCUGCAAGCCGCCUCGGAUCUCGUCCUCGAGACGUGCGAUGCCGUGUUCAAGAAGGGCGAUUUGUUCUCGCCUGACACACCGCGGGUUCGUCUCGACGUGGCACGCGUGGCCGUGGUCUUGUCCGUUUCAGGCGCUCUGUCGGUCAACGAUCGGGAAGUGUUUGAUGGUGUUUUGCUCGGCCUGCAACAAAUCCAGGAUAGCGGCGGUAUCUUUGGCUACACGCUUGUUCCUGUCUUUUACAACCCCAACUCCUCCCUGCCCCUGGUCCUCGAGCACGCUGCUAGCAUUGCCAACAUGCCCGUGGCAUCCGGAGCAUCCGGCAUCACGACCACCUUCUUGGGAGGCAACUCUGCUGCUCGGCGCCAAGUGGCUGCAGCCUUCCAGGACGGCGACCAUCUGGCGUGGUACCCGCUCUUCCACGAAGGGCAGGAAUGCUCACAGUCGCUCAUCUACACGGGAGCCGUGCCGAGUCAAAUCGUCGAAGAUACGGUGCGGUACUUUGUGCGCCGGACGCGCGAGCGUCCAGACUUGAGCAUCUUCCUUGUGGGUGCAGGGGACGUCUUCUCGCAAAAGAUCAAUGCCAUCAUUGUCUCCGUGCUUGCCGAGUAUUCCAUCACGGUGACGGAAACGUACGUGCUCAAAGCCGCUCCGUCAAUCCACCCAUUCAUCCAGGCUGUGGGUGCUAGCUCGUCCGCUCUGAUCUACAGCACCGUCAUCGGUUCUGCGAGCAAUCUGCUGUACCGGAGCAUGUCUGCGGCAGGUCUUGCUCCACCCGUUCACGUGAUUGUGUCCUUCACCCUGUCCGAGCCCGAGGUCGGCGUCAUUGGAGCGGAGCAUUGUGCGGGUCAUUUCAUUGCCGCGUCGUACGUUCAGCCCGUGUUUCGCUCUUCCACACUGGCUCCAAGCGUGUCGCCCUCCUCGACCGCGAGCCAAGUCUUCCAGCAGUACAUUGUUGCCAACGCUUCCGUUGCGCCGUUCUUUGCCGUCAGCGACGCCCUUGACGAAAGCUCAGCCUCCGAGGACGGCCUGCUGAGCGACCACUUUUUAGAAUUGUUCCGUUCCAUGUAUGGCAGCACGCGUCGGGUCAGCCAGGGCAUUGAAAGCGCCUUCUUGUCGGUGAUGCUUUGGCGGCAGGCGGUGGAAGCCGCGAGCAGCUUUGAGUCUGCUGCCGUUCGCGCCAAGUUUUACGACACCGUGUAUAACGCACCCGAGGGUCUUGUGGCUGGGCAGAGCAGCAAUCAUCUCAGCAAGCAGCUUUACAUUGGCGAGGUUCGAGCUGACGGGCUCGUCGACGCGAUUUGGACCCGCGGCAGCAAAACGCCAAUUGUCUGGAGCACCUAUCUGAACGAUUCGUUUGCGUACUCGUGUGAUUUCUUGGCCGAUGAUGAUGAAACGGACGCAAGCCCAGUCGCCACAACAGCAGCCAUUGCAAACUUGUCCCUCAGCGACGGCUCGAUGAAUGACUAUCCUUUCGUCGAGGUGUUGCUGAUCCAUUCCUUGAGCGGCUCUGAUAGCUCUCAGACUGACUUUUGCGCUCUUCAUGCCGAGCUUCUUGCCAUCGCCGAGAUUAAUGCUGCUGGCGGGCUUGUCCUUGCCAGCUCCAGCGGCCCCGUCCAGAUUCUCCCGCGCAUCUUUGAUACACAGUCCAACGCCUCCUACUCUGCCGAACAGCUUCUCAUACAUCUUUCCGACGAGAAUGUCGUGCAGGGCUUUGGGGCUAUCUCCGCUUGGACGCGGUCCCAAGUCGAGAGCGCCGCUAGUCUUUUGCCCCUUCGUUCCGCUGCAACAUUGAGAGAGAUCGAGGCCAUCUCUGAAGCACUCACCAUACCGCCUUCUCAAAAGCUGGUUUGGACAGCUGCGCACGAUAGCGGUAUUUUCUGCAGUGGUACGAUUGCAUCCUUUGGCCCGCAGUUUGGAUCGCGGAUGCUCGCCUUGCUGGCCUUCCUGACGCAGAGCAAGGGGAUCAGUUACAUCUCGCUCGCUUUCGAGGACGAUGCGCUACCUACGUCAAUCACCAUCGCCAACACGACGCAUGUGCUUGACCAGCUUGUUGCAGCUUUGGUUUCUGCCGAGGUGACGCAGCAAGUCGUCAUCACCCAAAACCUGCUGCAAGCGCUCAACUGCACACUGGUCGGCGUGGUCAUCUAUUCUGCUCAAGACACCGAGCCUUCCGCCAUUCGCCAGUCCUUCCAAGCGCUCGCCAUGCUGCACCAGACGGUAGACCCGUCGACUCGCCCAUUCCGCUUUUCCAAGCAUUCUUGCAUCUCCACCAUCUCGUCAGCGAGUGUCAUCUCGACACUCGUCCUGGCCUUGGCCACCAAGCCCAACUUUGUGGGCACCAUCACGACUGUUGCAAUGAAUCUCGAGCCUGCGGAUGUCACGGCGGACUGCGCUGGCGUCCUCGUACUGACCGACUACCUCGAUACCACAGCCACGACCGAGAACAGCGUGUUCACGUCCAGCUUUUACAAGGCCAGUGGCAGCGAUAACACGCUGUCGCAGCGAUGCGCUGCUGCCUACACGGCGGUCAAGUACUGGGCGCAAAGUGCGAAUGCAGCAGCCUCCAUCGUGCCCAGCAAGCUUCAGCUGUAUGCGUACGCGCAGAGCUUCCACGCGCCCAACGGACUGGUGCGGCUCCGCGCAACCAAUCGCGCAACCACACCGGUUUACCUUGCACUUGUGAACGAGGUCGGUACCGCACGAUUGCAAUUCCCGUCGUCGAAUCUUGUCGCCGCACCCUCGCUCGAGCCCGUGAUGCUCUCCUCGCUGCAGAGCGAAAUCGCCUCCCAAUCCUCCUUGCCGACAAAGCUCUCGCCAGACUUUCUCACCACCACUGCCACUAUUUGGGCUGCUGCCGCCAACCUGCUGGCAGAGACGGAGGAGCGCGCAACAUGCGUGUUUGCGGCUCCAGUCACUUCCGAGGCAGGUGAUUCUGCUCAGCAGGCUGCACAGGCGGUCUAUGCACUGGCUGCCGUCAAUCUGCUGCUUGUCGCGCUGACGACCAUUCUGAUUACUGCACGCCGGACAGACCGGGUGGUGAUGGCCGCGUCGUACCUGUUCUGUCUUGUUAUUCUGACGGGCAUUGCGCUUGUAACAAUCGCGGGCGUGGUGGUUGUUGCGCCCCCCGAUCGCGACAGCGUCAUUUGUUCCUCGCGUGUCUGGCUGGUGUCAUUCUCCAUCAUGCUGUUGUUCAGCGCCCUGUUUGCCAAGACUUAUCGGCUCCAUCGACUGUUCAACGCGACCUCGGUGCGCCGAUCAGAGGGCCUCACGGACGUCUUUCUGCUCAAGAUUAUCGGGAUCUUUCUGCUGUGCGACGUUGCGCUCUUGAUUGCAUGGACUGUUGUCGACCGCUCCAUGUUUGCCGAGGAGAUGGACUGGGAGCGCUCCACGCCAUUGCUGGUCGUCAUGAACACGUACUGCACCAGUUCCCUGCCGUUCGUGCUGGCGAACGUGGCUGCGAUCGGCCUGCUUCUGGUUUGGGGCGCCUACCUUGCGUGGCGCACUCGGCUGCUGCCGUCUCAGUUCAACGAGUCUUCACAAAUCGCCUUUGCCAUCGUGCUCAUCCUUUUCCUCGGAGUCAUCACGAUACCGCUCAACUACUUGAUUGGCGGUGCAACCUCCUCGUCGGAUGAUGCGCCGCUUGUCAUUAUUCGCGGCUGUGUGCUGGUUCUGGGCUCCAUGGCUAUUCUACUGAUCUUGUUUGUACCCAAGGUGCAUCUCAUUCUGCGUCCUCAGCUCCAGGCGGCGUUGGCCAAUGCCCACCAGGCGGCCGUGGAUAAGCAACAAAAGAAGCCUGGCGCACGGGUGCUGAUUGGCCGAGCAAAGCCGAGCGAUUCCCCUGCUGAUUCCAACAAUCCUGGCGCGGGACCCAACGCCAAUGGCGGAGCCAGCAAGCCCAACGGCCACAAUACUGCUCAUGGGGCGGAUGGGCGACAUUCAUCCACCGAUGGUGAAAGCCAGUCGUCAUCGUCGCAUACGAGCGUGGGAAUCAAUUCUGCCAUGUUCCUCUACCCUUAUAGCGGCAUGGACGACGUUUCUUCGAGUAGCAAGACCAAAGCCGCGAAAAAGAAGUCUGCUUCCCAGGCCCCAACCGCCAACGGCUCUGAAAUGUCUCCAGAAACACCAAAAGCUCCGCAACAACGCUUCUCGGAGGUCCAGAUCGGCAUCCAGCACGUUGCUUCCGCCAGCACGUUGUCUGCCGGUUCCGACGCCACAUUGAAUUCCACGUCCGAACUCAUUCCCAUGCAAUCGCUGAGUUCUUCUUCUGGGUUCUUGACUGUGCCUGGUUCGCCACCAACAACGAAACGGUUGUCCAAUGGCACACACUCAGCUCACUCCGAUCCGGCUUUGUCCGAACCUGUCUCGGAUUCGCUGCGGUCGCGCGCCCAUUCGAUGACUUCGGUCGAUCUCGCGCUGGCCUCUUCGUCGGCCGAGUCCAAUGAGUAUCUUGCUGCCUCCUAAGUUAGGCUUUUCCGUUACAUUUUCUGCCAAGCACUUGAACACCUUUUUUUUGCAUUUUCUCAAUUGCAUGCAUUCUGAUUGAUUCUAUUUAUUAAACUGCUACUAAUCGACA